AUGGACCUCGUUUACGGCAACUACGGAUUCGCCACAGCCAAGGUAAUCGAUGUCGCCUGGGAUACGCUCAUUGCACAAGCGGGCCGAGUCUUUCAUGGGUACAUUUUUUACCGCCAUGUCGCCAAAAAAGUACUCAUCUGCUACAUGGAAUAUUCUACCGUCACAUACGAGGACUACAUCUCUGUGCUCUUUUCACAAUCCUGGCCGGGAACACUUAAGUUUUUCUUCGGAACGCUGUUUUGCCGCUAUCGGAUAAGGGCUUGGUUUCUUCUCAUUGGUUUGACUUACAUGCUUCUUUACACCUUCUUAUUUUCUACAAUUUGGAGCGCUGCAUCCGGGUAUAUCAGCCCGGCUGAGCGUGCAUAUCAGAUGCCAGAUGGGACUUUCCUCCCCUUGGCCACGCCGCAUUUAGCGCUUUGUUGGAAGAUCGACAGUGCGCGCCUAGGUCUAGCACCAGGGCAUGUGGAGCUCGGACCGGACUUCUCCACGCUACAACCAUGGCUCUUCAAGUCAUCAGCCAAAGGUUCCUGGUCUGAGCUGGAACUCUUCCAGAAGUAUAAUUCUGAGGUGCCACAGCCUAAGCCGAAUAGUGCUAAGCGGGAAGAGCCUCUUUACCCGUAUAAGCCUGGGAAACCAACCUUAUCCGCUGACGACGAUCGGUUUGCGUUCAGAGGUUGGUAUCGGUCAAUUUGGGAUAACAUUGGCCCUGCAGCAAUGGGCCUCGACUAUCCGGCAUCUCUCAUGUCGAAGGAGAUCUUCAGCUAUGCAUUUACCAGGAGAAUGUUACAGGUAGUCUUUAAUUCCACUGGAGUAAACACAACGGGCUCCAAUACUGUAAUCAACCUUCCCGAGGCCGACACAACCGCAGCAGUCGACCUUAUAGAUACACGCUUUUAUACAAAAUAUCUUUCGGUCGACGUAGGCCGUGAGGAUGAACUUCCAGAGGUUUUGGAGUUCCUCGACUUCAAACACGUGGAUUUCGCGACGAAUAGUGAAGAAGAGACUCAGCACAUGAAAUUGUUCAACACAUGGCCUAUGCUCGCAUAUUUGAAGCCUUAUAUUCUCAACGAUUCGAUGAGUGGUCCGGGGAUAGUUCCAUACAACUCCACUUUGUCUUUCAACGGAACGGAACAUGCGCUAGAUGCCCCGUUCCUGGACAUUGGGUUCGGAUGCUCGCACCCCUACAAUUAUUUCACAGCAUUAGGCAAUUGCGUUUGCUACAACGGAGAGCCUCUAACCAUUGAUUGGUAUCAAGAUAGCAAUAUGGCAUGUUUGGACUCCCCUAGAUAUGUCUGGGGGUUCUCGUCAUUCAUUGUUUUCAUUGGCCUUUUGUGUGAGCUCAUUUGGAUAAUCUUCGCAAUAUGCAUACGCGGUUAUUGCCAGUGGUGGAGUGUAUUGAUGAAGUACCCCAGGGUGAAGAGAGCUGGGGUGGUUUGGAACGUUCUAGAACUUGCAGAGGCCUUGAAUAGGGACUUAGAAGUAGAUAGGGCUUCGCUACGAGAGGAUAUACUGCGGAAAAGUCUAAAAACUCGAGAUAGCAUUGGCUACGAAGCAGAUGUUGACGCAUUUGGAAGGCUGAAGGACUUGCAUAUCGUCAGCCGGAAGCCAAGCACAGGCAUUUUGAGCAAGAGAAAGGACAAAGAGAACAUCAUGGAGAGCUGCUAUGAAGUGCAAUGA